AUGGCAGAAACGGUAAUUUUGCCAGAUUUGACGGAUCUAGCGGCCAUUUUUGUGGAUUUACAGUUCAUUUCGAUUGUCAAACUUCUAACUAAGCCUAAUGACUUUAGAAGGAUCGUCCAACUUUAUUCAUAUCAUCAAAACAGCCAAAAUCCUACUAAUUACCCUCCGUUAUUUCAUCCUGCCGCUGUAGCGGCUGUUGCUGCAGCAGCGGCAGCUGCUGGAUAUACGCAACAGUUCAAUUCAAGUGUUAUAAAUCGCCCACUGAACUUAGCAGCUAAUCCAUGUGGUUCGAACUCAUACUUCCCUUCUUCAGACGCAAGUAGAGCCUAUUAUGCUAGCUUUGCUUUACAACAGUCUGGGUUAUAUCCUGGUUCAAAUACCUUCAAUAACUUUGGAGGUAUGAAUAUACCUCAGGAGUUCCCAAUGUCAAAUUCCACUACGCCUUCCCUCCCAUCUACCACUGUAACAGGAUUCUCCUCAUGUUUACCAACUAACACAACACAAUCGGAGAAUUGUUCCAGAGCACAACGAUCUACUGCUUGCCAAGGGGUUAAAAAUCCUAAGGCUUCAACUAGUAAUCACAGCAUCAAAGUGAAUACAAAGUCAUCAGGGGUUCGAAAUAGGAAAUCGUUAUCAGCUGAAGAAUUUGCAAAUCAUAAGCGUCAAGAAUUCAAUGAACUUGUCAAGGCUAGAACUGAAAAACUUAUGUCUGAUGGUCCUGUUUCAAACCCUGUAACAAAUUCUGAUCCCUUAUCAUCUUCAAGUUCAGCAGGAUCAACUGGACCAGAAUCAUCUGGUUUACCAAAUUAUCGAAAGCUUAUACACGCUGUAUUAGACGCCAAAAAGUCUACCCUGCUACGAUCACCGUCUGUUGUUCACCUUUUGUCUAGUCAACAACGUUCGUUAAGUGAAUUUAAACAACAAACAGAAUUAUUUUGUAUAACAAUGAAUAGAUGA